CCAAUGUUAUGAAAAUUGUGUCAGUGUCAGAAUAUUUAUCAUAAUAAUAUCUUUAUUAUGUCUAUGGAUGUAUCUCCAUAGAUGGACUAUACCACUCCUUCAAAACUUCGUCAUUACACUGCGACAGGACAAUCAUAAUUUUUUUUAAAUUAAAUGCUUGUAGAAGAUAAAAAACAAACAGAACAAAAAAGCAUUAACAACAACCAGGACAAUCAUAUAUAAUAUAGCUAUGGUUUAGUAAAGCUACUUAAUCGUAAGAAGUACUUUGAAAAAACGUGAAACAUUAUUUUGAAACGUGAAACAAGACAAGAACAACUUUCAGUUUUGCCGCUACGUCCAGGUGCUGGCUGUGUUGACUAUAGUCUAGUUCCAGAAUAUUAUAAUACAAGAUUACGGUAUAUAGUUCAGAUGCAAAUACAACAGGUCCCGAAAAUGAACGAACAAGAAUUGGUAGAGUACUUCAGAACUCAGAUGAGGACAGACCCUGACAUGGCAUCUGCAGUAGCAGCCAUCCGCACCCUGCUGGAGUUCCUCAGACGAGACAAAGGUGAGACUAUCCUGGGUCUGAGGGAGAGCCUGAAGUGGGCCACAGACUGUCUCACUCGGGUAGACUCCUCUGUUGCCGUUUCCUCAGGUGGGGAGCUAUUUCUUCGCUUCAUCAGUCUCACAUCACUGGAGCACCAGGUCAGAGUCUGGCUAGACAGGCACGCACAUACACACCCAGGUAUAUCUGUCAUUUAAAUAAAACAGGCAUUCUCUAUUUUAUCCUCUUUGUCAUUCCACAAAGAUUUCAGUGACGGUUUAUUUACGCAUGCAGCUACAAACCCUCAACUCGGCAGAGCUCACAGUUCUCUGAAGCCCACUCCUCCGCCAUGUUGUUUGUGUCAGGACCUAGCACGCUGUAAGAAGGUGAUGGAGGAGAGAGGAGAACUGUUCCUGGAAAAAAUCUCUCUCUCCAGAACCAAGGUGGCCAAACUCUGUCACACCUUUAUCAAAGACGGGGCGAAAAUCCUGACCCAUUCCUACUCAAGAGUGGUGCUUAGGGUCCUGGAGAAAGCAGCAGCCGAGAAGAAACGCUUUACAGUAUAUGUCACAGAGUCCCAGCCAGACACAGCAGGGAGACAGAUGGCUGAAGCUCUGAGGAGACUCGGCGUUCCUGUCACCGUGGUCCUGGAUGCUGCUGUGGGGUAUGUCCUGGAGAAGGUGGACCUGGUUAUUGUAGGAGCAGAGGGAGUUGUUGAGAGUGGAGGCAUCAUAAACAAGAUUGGAACAUAUCAGAUGGCAGUGUGUUCCAAAGCCCACAACAAGCCCUUCUAUGUGGUAGCGGAGAGCUUCAAAUUUGUCCGUCUAUACCCUCUCAACCAGCAGGACGUACCAGACCGAUUUAAGUACAAGGCCGACACCCUGAACAAUGUUUCUGAACUGUCCAAAGAACACCCUGUGAUCGACUACACCCCCCCAUCCCUCAUCACACUCCUCUUCACAGACCUGGGGGUCCUCACCCCUUCUGCUGUCAGUGAUGAACUUAUCAAACUUUAUUUAUAAUAGAGCUUUAAAGAAAAUACUUCAAUAAAACAAAACACUUAACGGGAGCAUUGUGUCUUAAGAUCUU